AAAUGAGAAACUCAGUAGGUAAUCCAUUGACUUAUCUUACAAGAGCAGAUCAGCAGGAGAAUUUUUUCAGCAUGAUCUUCCGCUUGGUAAUUAUAGGUAGAGUCCAUGGUUAUCCGUAUCGGAUUUCCGGUACUCAUCCGCAUCGGCUCCUAGUCGACGAUCACAUCAAUAUAAAUAGAUGUCAUCUCGGGCAGUCAUUCGGUAUUGUACUCAAGUAUUCAAUUGUUGACUGCGUUCUGGAGACAGAGCAUCUCAUCUUGGAAUUAUCCAUCUCGACAACAGCACAAGCUCUAUCUCCAUACUCACAUCCACAUGUCUCGCGCCAUGAAAGCUUUACUCCUUACAAAAGAACCGGAAGCCUCUGCACCCACUCUUUCCUUAACCAAUCUCCCCAUUCCUCUUGCAACACCUGGCUAUGGCCUCAUCAAAGUCCACUUCUCCGUCAUUCAGCCAUCGGAUAAGUACAACAGCAUCGGCGGGUUCCCCAAAACUACCUUCCCUCGUAUCCCAGGCCGCGACUAUUCCGGCACCGUGAUCGACAUAGCACAAGGACCCAGCAACGCACAGCUGGAUCAACAAAACAGUCACGAUGGGUCGCACGCCCAAUACUGUUUGAUACCGGAGGCUAUGCUGGCUGAAAAGCCCAAGACGCUCUCUCUCCUCCAAGCAGCUACCAUCGGCGUUCCCUUCACUACCGCCAUACGAUACCUAAGACGGGCAAGGAUAAGGACCGACGAUGUAGUCCUCGUCUUAGGAGCUACCGGCGCAGUCGCAUCUGCCGCCGUCCAGGUCGCAAAAGCAAUGGGCUGUCAGCAUGUGUUGACUGCGUCUCGCGAGGAAAGCGACAAACCGGAUAUAUGGAUAGGAGGAGACGUCAUGGCAGAGGUUCAGAAGCAAGGCCCAUUUCUCACGGAGGGGAAGGUCGGAAGGGGAGGUCGGUAUGCGUGGAUCGCCUCGCCGCGAGGUGGUUCAUCUACACGACUCGAUCUGAAUAUAUUUCGGGCUUACCGUAAGGAGAUUGGGCUUGAUACUGCUGAAGAGAUGCAGACUUUGACUCGGUGGUUCGAUAGCGGGGUUAUCAGUCCUGGGGAUGAGUCGAUCUUUGACAUAGUGGGCUUGGAUGAUGCGGUUGAAAGAGGAUAUAAAGCGGAGCUAGGAGCAAAGCAGGUGGUGAUCGCAAUGGAUUAG